AUGGCGUCGAGCUCAACAUGGAGCGACUUUGACAACUUUGUCAACGUGUUCGUUCCCAAGCAAACGAUCGCAAGGCUGCGACAGUUCGCAGAGAAGAUUCGUUUGUACGCGGGCAUCGACCUCCACAUAAAGAGCCAGGAGCGCAAGCAGGACCUGGUCAGCAAGAUCACUCUUGCGUUCCAAACCAUCAGGAAGCAGAACAAUGAGCGUGUUUACGUGUCAAUCAGAAGAGACAGUCACGCGACGCCUGCACACCAGCGGUAUGGGUCAACGGCCCCCAUCAACUACUCUUCGGGUGUGAAGCCACCUGGAGGCUCUGCUCCGGGCUGGCAGCAGGCGAGCACGUCUGCCUCCGGGUUGUACAACCGUGCCCAAACUUCCUCUCGUCCCCCUCCAACUCUGGUAGAGUGGAAGACGAGCCCCAUGUGGAAGCCCAUCAAGGCACUGACAUAUAUGGAAUCCUUGCCUGACAUCGCGAGUUCCGAGAGCUCAUCAACACGGCGAGAGAGACGCAUUCACUUCUCACUCCCAACCGACGUCAUCGAGAAGCUCAACUUGGCAAAAUCCAACCCAAGAGCAAGGCCUCUCUACUCGGUGCGCAUGUUCUGCGCGUCGUCCGACUACUAUCGCCCAUCCAACAUGCCUCUUGCCCCUGGUAUGGCUCCAGUAUCGAACCGCAACGUCCCCAUCGAGUAUCCCUUGGUCCCAGAUGUGAUGCUCGACGAUCACAUGGUGCCGUUCAAGGAGAGGGGCCUUAGAGGCAAGGCUGGAAGUGCGCCACCACUUGAUCUGGACAAGGGGUCCAAAGGUCUCAUCAGGAUAGCGGGAAGAAUGGCCAGCUUGACCUUUGGACACACGGGGCCGACGGUUGGCAAGAAGAAGGAGCUCUCAAAGAAAUUCUGGUUCCAGAUUGUCUUUGCCGAGAUUACGACCAUUGACGACCUCUUGGCAAAGCUCGAGCAGCUGGUGCCCACGGACGCCGCCAUGGAGCUCGACAAGCUGAGAAAACGAGCCGCCGAGGACGAUGACAUUGAAGUUGGGACAUCCUCCCUAUCACUCAAGGAUCCUCUAUCUGGUAUGCGCAUAACCAAGCCUUGGCUUUGCCCACACUGCAGCAAGGAGCUCAAGUUUGAGGACGUCAUCUGUGAUGGAUACUUCUUAAGUAUACUUCAGGCAGUCCCGGACUCGUACGACGAGGUCGUCCUCGAGUCGACGGGUGACUGGCACACUCAAGACAACACGUACGGAACGCCAGGCUGGCUUGCCAAGAACGGCGCAGCGACCACCAACGGCAACGGCAACAGCAACGGCGAUUCUAACGGUGGAGCCACCCCUGCUACCCCAAACUUUGGUAUCUCCAUCCCCAUUAAGCGUUCCCACUCAGAGAUCCCUUCACCUCCAGACAAGGGCAAGCGCCGAGCCAUCGAGAUCUUAUCCGACUCGGACGACGACGACGACGAUGACGACUUACCUCUGACGAAUGGACGGAGCCAGCCCAAUGGCCAGCUCAACGGCUCAACCUACACCCCUCAACCAUCACUUCCCCCCGUCUCCACAUCGCGCCAAUCGUCUGCAUCACACGCCACUACCUCCCGGCCUGCGUCUACCGCUCCCGGGGCAUCACGGCCACGGCCUUCGGUCAUCGACUUGACGUUAUCCUCGGACGAGGAGGACAACGACUCGGAGACGGCGGUGCAGCAGCCGUAUUUUCGCCAGCCGGACGGCGGAUCUUCGAGUCGCGACGUCGCCGCCUCGGAACCUCGCCCGGCUGAAUCGAUUCGGACUAGCGACGGCGGUUGGAACCGCACGGGAGCUCCAGCAGCUCCGCGGGCCUAUGUCCCACAGAUGCCCGCUCCCGUCAAUACUACCAACCUGGUCGGCAUUUCUCGCGCUCGCGCCAGCGACUGGAUGGACGAGUACCCCGAGACACCUCUCGACCAACCUAAUGGCCUCUACUAG